AUGCGCUCUCGAAUUCGAGAAUUGCGUCUUCUCAAUCGUUUGCUUCAGCGAGUCAACGUGCCAGCUCCUGCUCGACUUGUGAGAGCUUUGAAUUCAUUGGUACGCAACGGCAAUUAUCUCCAACUUGCGACUACUUCCACUAGUUCAUUUGAUUUACCUGACUCGACGUGUCCUGCGAGUGUGCCGCAGAUUAGUGACCGGGUUGCAAGGUCCUUAUUUUCGGAAACCCUUUCCAAUGUUCCAUCCAUUACUAACCAGCCUGACUCAUAUCUAGACCCAUUUCCGGAGGUCCUGGAGCACGUUGUUCACAUAGAAUCAGAGCCCAAUCACCUUGCUAGCCGACCCAUUCAGUAUAUUGGUCAACCUCUAAAUAAAACAACCCAGCAAAACCGAGAAACAAGGCAUACCACUAGGGCUGUGGCUAACCGGAAACUUGAUUUCUCAACAGAAGCAGCAUUGGUCAGCUCUUCUAGAACAGCUAGUUCUUCCUCUCGCUCCUCCCGUUCUCGUCCAUUUAUAGGUACACAUGCUCCGGACUCCUUGGCUUCGACUUCCUCAUCUAAGGAAACCAACCAGCCAAAUUUCUCGAUGCAUUCUCAUUCCCUCCAUACACUUACCCUCUCCGACUCAUUCUCGCCAAAUUGUUCACAUACCACCACUAAGAACCACGUGCCUCGACAGCCUCAGGAGAAAUCCUUUGGCUUAGGCGCCCGCAAGUUGUACGUGGCUCUAACUGCUUGUUCUAACCCAACUUCUCUGCUCAAUCCUCAAUUGGUCAAGGCAUCGGCAUCUCCCUCUUCACCUCUUCCUACGGGCUGA